AUGGAGGCUGGCCCAUUGGGCACUGCCUUCGGCGGCGUGGGCACGCCAGUGACGACGGUCACGGCAAGUGACGAGGACGACGCCUUAUCGCCCAACGGCGUGAACCGCUACAAGAUCGUGUCGCAGGUUCCCACGAAGUCCUUGGACCGCGUGCUUACCAUCGACAACACCAUGGGCGUCAUCAGCACCAUCGCCGCCGGGCUGGACCGCGAGACGACGCCGCAGUACGUGCUGGUGGUGCAGGCCUCAGACAUGGAGGGCGACCCGGACAUCGGCCUCACAAACACAGCCACCGCCAUCGUCACCAUCGCCGACAUCAACGAUAAUCCCCCCGAGUUUACGGACAUAACCGUACGCACCACGCCACCACACGACGUGUCUGUGGUGGGGUUGGAAGGGCGGCGGGGCCAGGUGUCCCCGCAGCCGUAAUAGUCCCGCCCCGAGCAGAGUCCGCUGCCUCCUGCAGUGUCACGUCCAGUUUGUCUGUAGAAGGCACGACAGGCGCUCUUGCAGGGUCAACAGGCACAGGCAAGGGUGUGUCGGCAGCAACAGACACCGGCAAGGCAACAUCAGGAGAUGACGCAUCCGUUCGAGGGGCCACGUAUGGUUUCAAGCGAGACGUAUGGACGUACCAGCGCCGAGCUCCGAACCGAACGCGCGCGGACUGCGGGUUAGGAACCUCAAUGAGCCUAACAGGCCCCUGCCAUGGUUUAUGCAGUUUAGGGGAGGUUCCUGCUCGCACCUGCGGGCAAUGCAGCAAAGCCAUAUUCCCCCACCUUCCAGGGGCACUUCCCCUUCGAGCGUCGAGCGCAACGUUCGUUUCGGGCCUGGGUUUUGGCAGUAGCCACUCGGGCCCCCUCCCGCGCCUCAGCGACGCGGCGAACGGCGUCCUGAAUGUAGUCGGGGAGAGGCUUAGUAGGUCCUCUCACUCCCAUUCCCAACUGCACAUCCAUUGGCGGCACGUUUUCGCGACCGUACAUGAGAAAAAACGGAGAAUAUCCUGUGGACGCGUGAGGCGUCAUCCGGUAUGCCGAGAGUACCCCAGGGAUGUGCAAAUCCCAGUCAGCUUGCUUCUCAUUAACUGUGUGACACAGCAUGGCUGACAGCGUCCGAUUUAGUCUUUCCACCAUGCCAUCCGUCUGCGGGUGGUAGGGGGAUGUCCGGAUCUGUUUGGUCCCCAGAGCAGCGCACACCUCCCCCAACAAUUUAUAAGAAAAAUUCCGGCCCUGAUCAGUGAGCAGCCUCUCCGGCGCCCCUUUGUCCAUGACAUAUCCAAAUAGAAAGGCGUCCGUAAUGGACGCCGCCGACUGGUCGGGCAAGGGCCAGGCCAUCGGCCAGCGGGAGAGAUACUCCACCCCAACUAGCAAGUAUUUAUUACCCUUAGCGGAUGGCGGGAAGGGUCCCAAAAUAUCCAACGCCACCAACUCGUUAACUCGAGACACCCGAAUAGACUGUAUCGGCGGCACAUAUGGGUGCUUAGGCGGCUUCCGCCGGGCACACUCGGGACACGCACGAACGUGCCCGACGACAUCCGUCGUCAUGCCAUGCCAGAAGUAGUCUCGCUGCAACGUCAACAAGGUUUUCUGCACCCCCAGGUGUAAUAGCGUGUCGCAAUGCAGAGUCCUAAUCAAUUCGUACCGUAACGACGACGGUACAACCAGACGCCAGCGAUCAUAUAACCCCUCCCUCCACAUCAGCAGUCCAUCGCGGAGAGCGGCCCCCGGCGUCCCCCCGGAAACCAGUCCCCCCCCCCCCCUUUGCAGCCCGACUCCGCAGGGUCCCCAACGAGUCAUCAAGCAUUUGUUCACGGAUCCACACCGCUCGUGGAAGGUUCAGAACCCCAUCGGCCGGUCCCGGGCACACUGGAGCCUCAGGCAUCUCGACCGCUAACGCCAUCCUCCUACCUUUCUUUCUUCCCACACUCUCCUCCAGCCCUUCCGGUUCCUGCCCUUAAAAGCACUCCCUCUCCCCACGUGACCCAACUCCUCCCACCUGUUACGUCAUAUCCGCGAGGCCAUUUACGCUCGCAUUACACUAGUGUGAGUGCCUCACCAGGUACUCUUUGACGAGCUCGCGGUCCAGGGUCUUGCUGACCGAAAGCCACCCGGUCACAGGAUCCACGAUGAAAACCCCGAUGGGGUCCUGGUCGGCUCCGGGCCCCGCGAUGCGAUA